AUGGAACUAUUACCGCUGGAGAUCUCCACUUUAAUAUUUGGACAAGUUGGUCUACAUGACAAACUCCAAUGUAAUUUUGUUAAUCGGUCUUGGCACCAGAUUGUCUGCAUUCAACUAUACUCAGCUUUGAAUUUCACCGACAAUCCAACAAAGUUUCAAGGGGCUUUGGACCUUUUUGAUAGAAACAAAGAAUAUGGUCUACAUGUUCAUACUUUACAGCUUCAAGGGAUAUAUCUCGAUUCAUACACAUUGCUAUCAUUACCUACUCUAUUUCCAAACCUGCGCCAAUUUGAGUGGCACGAGUCUAAAGAUCUUGAGGUAGAAAAAUUUGACUUGCCAACAAAAGUAUAUCAACAACAGUUCCAAAAAUGGAAGUGGAUGUGCCAUGUCAGUACUAUUACAGAUAAGUUCCAGCUUAUUCCAGCUUUACUCAUGUCAGCCCGCUUGACACACCUGACAUCUAUUUCCAUUUGUUUUGCGAGACUCGGCUUUCAAAAAGCGUAUAUCUCAAACAAUAUAGCCAAAAUUAGAUCGGAUGUGAAGGGGUUCAUCAGAUAUAUAGGUUCUGCACCCAUAGUUGAGCAUCUGCGAUUGACUGAUCUUGCAAUUGAUUUAUUCGACAUGGAAGAUUUGCAUGCACAUACACCGAACUUACAGCGCCUGGAUCUUGAUAAUGUAUGGCUUCUUUCUUCAGAAAAUUUCGUGACAGGGGUAAGUGGUAUCAAAGAAUUGAAAAUAAAAUUGGUAGCGGACUCGGUUCGCGAAAUGGAUAGGAUAGGAACAAGCAUGGUAUCUUGGUUACAGUAUAUACAAUGCAAAUACAACAGAUUGGAAGAAAUAUCCAUUCUUGCACCACAAACUAAUAUAGAGCCCAUACGCGUGAUCAAUACAUUCGAACACAGUAUCGCCACGAUGGUCAGCGUUAUGAACACAAAGUUGGCUAGCUAUGGAAUCGGUGUAUUCCCCCUUACAAAAACAAUUAUGGAUGCUAUUGACGAUAGAAAUUUGCAGUUGAAAAAGAUCACCAUAGAUGAUGAUUAUGGAGGAUUUAAAGACCAAUUGGAAAUCAUUUUAUCAUCCAAGCAAUCCAAAAGCAUAAAGCAUUUGGAAAUACUGUCAUACCGUGAUAUCCGUAUGAAUGAUAGAACAUUAUAUCGCUUUCUUCAUACUUUACCAGCUCGUCUGCCUAGCCUUCAGCAUCUAUGUAUUUCGAUGCGUAUCGGUUCAGGUUUAUUUCUCCAGUUACUGAUACACUUAUCCAAGCUUGACGUUUUGGAAGUUGAAAUCACAUGUUUAGGACAUGUUUCAUCUAGGAUCGAAGUACCAGUGUGUACUAUCAAGCGGUUGUACAUAAGAAUGUAUGCCUACCAAGGAUUUAAUGUAAAGGAAAUUAAUAACAUCAUAAGAUUCGCAAUACAAUCGUGCCCAAUGUUGGAGGAAUUCCAUAUAAGCGGCUGUUGUUACUCACUUUCCGGAACCGUCAACCUAUGGUUUUUGGAUAACCCUCUAUUGAAGUUGAUCCACGUGGAUUUUGGACAGCCAGACUACUACACUUUUUCGAUGCUGCAUGGCGAUGAGGAGUACAAAGAUGGAAAACAUAUAUGCAAACUUGCCGACCGGAAUAGUUUUAAUAUUGACAUUGGCUGGCGUGGAGAAGACCUCUGUGAUAAGAAUGUAAAAUGCCAUCAGAAUUAUAUGCAAAGUAUUCGCAUUUCUGUUCUUAGUGGCUAUCUUACCAUGUCAUUUAACGCUUUUAAUGUAAGAGUUUACGCCAGUCCAUUGAUCAUUAACGAACAAUAG